AUGGACGAUUUCGAUGGAGGAGGAUUCAAUCCUAAUGAGAUACUUAAAAAUAUCAGGCAAUCUCGACAAGCAAACAACUAAAGCAACAAGAAUACGUCAAGUAACAAUAACAAUCAAAGUAUUUUGGAGUAGUUACUCUAAAAUGAAUUUAACAAGGCAGGUGAUAGAGAUAACAGUGGUAACAAUCCUCAGCAGAGAUAUUCUGCAAUUAACAAUAGUCAAAUGAAUCAAAGGGAGUAAGGAUUAUCCAAACAAUCUAGAGUCAGUAAAAUAGACAAUUACAACAAUCAUGAGUAUUCAUUCUAGCAAUAUAAUCCCAAUCCAGACUAGAAUCAACAAAGGAAAUCAUUUAUUCAGCCAAACUAAAGCAACAAUAAUGAAAAGGAAUAGAUUAACUUGUAACAAUAAAAUCAUCAAUUGUAACUGUAGUUUAAGCAAUUUUAACAGCAAAUAACUUAGCUCUCAUAAAAUAACAAACUCUUAGAAGAUAAGCUAACUAAAUAGAUCAAAGAUAAUUAAGAUUUAAGAUUUAAAAAUCAAGAAUUGAUUAGUAAAUGUGAUGAGACUUAACGAAUAGGAGAAAGCUAAAAGAACCUAUAUGAGUCCUAGUUGCAAACUCUCAGAAAUGAAAUUAAGAUCCUUAAAAAAUAGAUCUAAAAGUAAGAGUCUACUAGCCCAAUGAGAACGAGCUCUUAGAGUAUUUCAUAAAAGCAAGGAACAACUCUGAAUGUGUUCAACUAUAAUAUAGAAGAAAAAUUCUCAAGACAGUCAACUACAUAAAGUAACAAAGCAUAGACUUUAUAAAAUAGUUAAAAAUAGUAGUAGCUGACUGGAAAGUUAGAGCUUGAAAAAUUUAUUGAGGUAUUAAAAGAGCAUCCCAACAUUGAGAGACCAGUCAUUGAAAUAGAUUUUUCCUAGUAUAUGCUUGAUGCCUGCUGA